UAUUUUAAAAACUGAAUAUUUGUUGAUUCCACAGUAGGUUGUAAUGGAAUAUUCGAAAAAAACUUGAAAAAUUCAAGGCCUUAGGACUAUUGUAAAGUACCUAAAGUAAACGAACCUCCAUGUAUGAUUUGUUUCGCUCACGCGCAAUAUUGGGGUCUAAAAUGGUGGUCUCUGAACUAUUUUCCUAUGUUCUAAAACAUAUCAAAACCGCGCACAAAUCGGUAACACACGUGCAUAAUGCAUAUGGUAUGGUAAAAAAGUAUUAGCUUUAUCUUCAAAUAAAUGCCGAGUCUAAUAAUAAAAAAUGUUUGAAUUCUGAGACAUUGGGGACAUUAGAAGAAUAAAUUUGAAGAACAACUGAAAUAUAUUUUGUUAAUUUAUGACUUAUCCAAUAAUUUCAAUCAUCUUCUACUGUUAUUGAAGACGAAACCAUACAACUUGACUCUUGUUGUACAUUAUCCAACUUAAGUAACUGAAUUUUCAUAUUUCGAAGUUGAUAUUCAUACAGGCCUUUUUACAGAACGUAACUACCGCGAAUACGGAGGGUUUACUGUAUUUUGGCGCAACAUUUUUUUCUUGGUUUCAACAUUUGCAAUUUAUAUUGUAAGUAAAUUUAAUUAUGUUAUAAGUAGAUAAUAGAUUGAAAAGUUUGAUAGAAAUUUACAUCUCUUAUUACUGAAAUUGUAUCGUAGAAUUGGAACUUUGUAAUGAUUCCAAUGAUAAUAAAAUUAUUACAAAUUUGUUUUAAAACAUGAUCAACGGGGUCUAAGCAGUGUUAUGUCAGGAACCGGAUAAAUCUGCAUGCUAUAACUAUCCAUUAGCACAGGCUAUACAUAUGACUGUAGUGUAUGUAUGCAGUUACACAUAAGACUACACAGUCGGCAGUCGUCGUAUGCACUGUACAGUGCAUAAAUAUAAAACUAUAUACCUAUAUAUAUAAGUAUGGUAAAGCUUGCCGCACUGUGCCGCUGAGGCUGAGCGCAGCAGCUAUUCUCGAAUCUCGACUCUUGCUCGAGUCGUGCGCCUUGAUCGUAUUCGCAUGCGAAUUGUUAGGUGCUGUUUCACAAUUUUUAGCCUGCAAGACUCUCUACUACAUACAUUCUGUAGUAAAAUUCAUUGACUCGAGUGUACUCAGUGUGUACAUAGGUAUAUACCGCGAACAUCUGAGUCGCAGAUAGGCGACCUCAUAAAAUAGACGUUUCUGCAAGCAACGUGCAGUAGGUUUAGGUAUUAUUGUGCCGUGCAUAUACCGAGUGAGUUUGAGAGAAGCCGUGCGAGACCCUAGUCACCCAAGGGAGGCUGCCUAAAGACGUUCUCGACGAUGCACAUAUUGCCGGCAAGAUGGGGGUAAUAUUUCUCGAGCACAUCGGCGGCACGCGACUCUUCUCCUGUGCCUCCUGCGACACGAAUCUUACGAACCGGGACCAACUGAUCAGCACCCGUUUUACCGGGGCCACUGGCCGCGCUUUUCUCUUCAACAAAGUCGUUAAUCUGAAAUACAGUGAGGUACAAGACAGGGUGAUGUUAACUGGUCGUCAUAUGGUACGAGAUGUCAGUUGCAAGAACUGCGAAGCCAAGCUAGGGUGGAUGUACGAAUUUGCAACUGAUAAAAACCAACAGUAUAAGGAAGGCAAAGUUAUUUUGGAAAGAGCUCUAAUUACUGAAAGUGAUGGAAUAGGAGAAAGUAUAUAAAUUUUUUUUAUGUAAAUUAUAACCCAAUUGGCACAUGUCAUUAUAUUGAAUUGUGCUAAUGUUGUAUUAUGAUAUAAUUAUUUUCUAGUUAUCUGAAUGCGUAUUGAUAUUUUUUUAUAAAUUGAUGCAUGAAUGUGAGAGUUUGCUGGAGCAGACAUCAAUAUGAUUGUAUUAGAGUCUAAGUUUAUUUGACGAACACAGGUACUUUACCUCAUUAAUUGGUUGACAAAACUGUAAAUAUAUAUUGUUAAACAAGGCAUUAUGCAUUUUAUGUAUUUGUGAUCUACUAAUAAUUUAUGUUGGUUUUAAUGAAUUAAAUGAUAAUUAGAAAGUUAGUAAUGACAUAUAUCUAUGAAAA